GAGGGUUAUGGGAUACCGAUUAAAAAGAGGGUGGGAGGGGAGCAACUGACAGGCUCAAGAGCAAAUAACAGUGGGCAGCUGCACAGCAGCCAGAGUCUGAAGAAGCCAACUCCAGGCAGGAGGAGGAAGAAGCAGAAGGUUCGGCAUCGGUCUCCUAAACUUGGCAAGAUGGGUGACUGGAGCUUCCUGGGGGAUUUCCUGGAGGAGGUCCACAAGCACUCCACAGUCGUCGGCAAGGUGUGGCUCACGGUCCUGUUCAUUUUCCGCAUGCUGGUCCUGGGCACUGCUGCGGAGUCCUCCUGGGGAGAUGAGCAGGCUGACUUCCGGUGCGAUACCAUUCAGCCUGGUUGCCAGAACGUGUGCUACGACCAAGCCUUCCCUAUCUCCCACAUUCGCUAUUGGGUACUGCAGAUCAUCUUCGUGUCCACGCCGUCUCUGGUGUACAUGGGCCACGCCAUGCACACGGUGCGCAUGCAGGAAAAGCAGAAGCUGCGGGAUGCUGAGAAAGCCAAAGAGGCCCAUGGUGCUGGUGCCUAUGAGUACCCGGUGGCCGAGAAGGCUGAGCUGUCCUGCUGGAAUGAAGGGAAUGGGAAGAUUGUCCUCCGGGGCACUCUACUCAACACCUAUGUCUGCACCAUUUUGAUCCGCACCACCAUGGAGGUGGCCUUCAUCGUGGGCCAGUAUCUCCUCUACGGUAUCUUCCUGGACACCCUGCAUGUGUGCCGCAGGAGUCCCUGCCCCCAUCCAGUCAACUGCUAUGUCUCGAGGCCCACGGAAAAGAAUGUCUUUAUUGUCUUUAUGAUGGCUGUGGCUGGACUGUCUCUCUUUCUCAGCCUGGCUGAACUCUACCACUUGGGCUGGAAGAAGCUCCGUCAGCGCUUUGCCAAGUCGCGGCAGGGUGGGGACAAGCACCAGCUUCUUGGCCCCUCCGCGAGCCUCACUCCUCCCCCUGACUUCAAUCAGUGCCUGAAGAACAGCCCCGGCGAGAAAUACUUCAGUGACUUUGGUAAUAUGGGCUCCCGGAAGAAUCCAGACACUCUGGCCUCGGAGGAAGGGCCAGGCCAGGAGCAGAUUCUUGGAGAGGGCUUCAUCCGUAUGCAGUAUAGCCAGAAGCCGGAGGAGCCCAAUGGAGCCUCUCCCGGCCGUCUUCCUCAGGGCUACCAUAGCGACAAGCGACGCGCUAGCAAGGCCAGCAGCAAAGCGAGGUCAGAUGACCUAUCGGUGUGACUCCAGUCAGUUCCAGAAGGAAUCUAAGGAGGUCAAGGCAGG